AUGUCCAAGAAAGACACGGCCAACCAAAAGGCGGUGAUGCAACUGCCCCGGCUGGGCUUCUCAGAGGUCCGGAAGUGGCAGCUGGUCCAGUCUGCGCUGUUCCUCCUGGUUGUAAGACUCUCAUGCUCCAGUCUGAACAGGAGAGAGGUGGGGAGUACUGGCAUUACUAUAUCUCUGGGUUUAAUAUACUCUAUGUUCACUGUCAAAUCCCAAGUGUGCAUCUUCCAGGCAGUACUGAGGAUGCCGGCUGCCAAGGGCUGGGCCAAAGCCUUCUCCACCUACCUGCCUCACCUCACCAUCAACAUUUACCUGGAAAUGGCCAACUGCACCACAGUGAUGGAAUUCACCCUGCUGGGGUACUCAGAGGUCUGGGAGUGGGAGCUGGUCCACGCUGCAAUGUUCCUCUUGGUCUGCAUGGAGGCCCUGAUGGGAAAUCUCAUCAUCGCUGUCAUCACCUUCGUCCGCGGAUCCAACGUGAUCCACCAGUUCUCCUGGGAGAGCCCCCAUAUCAUUAAACUUUCCCAGUCCAGUAGGAAGCUUCAAGAGUAUGGAGUAACCUCCUUCUCUUCUCUUCUGGCUUCUACUUGCUUUGUUUCCAUAGUCAUCUCAUACAUGGGUUUCUUCCGGGCCAUGUUGAGGAUGCCAGCCGCCGAGGGCCAGGACAAAGCUUUCUCACCCUGCCUGACUCACCUCUCCAUCAUCACCGUCUUUGUUUCCAACGGUGAUGAGGCCUAUCGCAAGCCUGUGUCCAACUCCCACUCGGUGUUGGACCUGCUGAUAUCUCCGUUCUGUUAUGGUGCCACCCCCCGCCCCCCACCCCCAACCCAAACCCCCUCGUCUACAACCUGA